GGGUCCGGCUCGCGCCUUCAGUCGCGUCUGACCUGCUGUAGGGUGAGGUUGUGCAUUCGCUCGCCGCUUGUCGCCGGUCGCCAAGUGCUCUCUUGCGCGUGACAGUGCGAGGAGGGAGAUAGCGCGAAACGAGCUCCGCCAGAGAGAGUGCCAGAGAACUAUCCGGGUGUUUCGCGCGCACGCCAAGAAUGAAAUUCAUCCCUCGUCUGACACAGUACAACCGUGGCAGUAGAGGCAACGACAGCGACGACAAUAAUAGUUGCAGCAGUAGUGGUAACAAGAGCGGUGCCUACGGUUGUCGUGGUGAUCGCGGCGGUAUAUCGUUUCGGCGUGGCGCGGUCAGUGACAGCAGGACGCACAGACGACAUAGUAUAUUGUAAUAAACGUUUUUCUUCUUUUCUCUAUCUCCACCCCCUCUCUACCCCCCCCGCCCCGUUCUUCCUUUCACCCCGGGGGAACGAACGUCCCAUUUCUUUUUCUGUUCUUUCACUUAACGCGGGAACGACCGAGCGAAUUCACGCGCGCGCGUGUGUGUGUGCGUGCGUGCGUGUGUGGGUGCGCGCGCGCGCGCGGCGGACAAGCGGGUCUUGCUUUCCGCGCCGGUGUCGCAUGCUCGGUGCGCUUGCUCGCGCUCGAAGCCGAGGAACGGUGGGACGGACAGAGAGAAGUAAGCGGCGAUAGGCUUUUUUCUCGCCCCUCACUCCCCUUUCUUUUCGUACCGAGAGUAUUUUUUUUCCUCGGGCAUCCGGAUCCGAAGUGAUCGCGAGGGGGAAAGAAAAAAAAAAAAGAGGGAAGUGCGCGCGCGAGACCCCCCGGUGUGUUUACGUCUUUGCGGAGAUUAAACCCUUCGGUGGAGUGGCGGCCCUCGGUGUGUUUGUUCGACGAUGAUCGAGAAGAUUCAGCCCGCGGUCGAAUUGCACAAGAAAACGAAGAUGUUGCUGCCCGGUGCGCUGGCGAAAUCCCUGCCCGCGACGAUGGACAAGGAGUAUCUGUUUCAUCAGUACACGGAGGACGACGCGUCGAUAUACGACGAGGAGGAAUACGAGCGUCCGAUGUGUCUGAAAUUGGUACCCAUGAGGAAGUUGCUGUUCUCCUCCAAGUCGUCCUGCUGGCGGGAGCAGCGCAUGAAGAAGACAGAACUCAUUCAGGCGAUGGAGGACUCGUUUAGGAUGAUGGACCCGUUGAAAUAUCGUCCUGGAUCGCUUAACUUCCUGAAUGAUUCAUGCUGGUUCGUCCCCGAAUCGUCCCCGAACCGCGCGAGCCAGAAGCGUCCAGCUGAAAAAAAGAAAAAGAAAGACGGGCGACAUAUCAAAGCUCUACCAAGUUAUAAUUCUCUAGCGACAAACGAAAGAAGAAAUAAAAAUUUAAAAAUAAAUGAAAGAAUAGAAACUCAAUUGAAACCGCUAUUACAGCCAAAGCUAGAACCGCAGCCAGAAUCGCAGCCGGAACUACAGCCAGAACGACAAGCGGAAUCGCAACAGGAACUGAAACAGGAACCGCAGUCGAAACUAGAACCGGAGUUAGAUCUAGAACCAGAGCCGGAGUUAGAUCUACAGCCAGAGCCGCAGCCAGAAUCGCAACCAGAAACGAAAUCAGAACCGCACCUGAAGCUAGAACCGAAGCUGGAGUCGGAGUUAGAGUUAGAGUCAGAGCCGCAGCCAGAGCCACAGUCGCAAUUUUUAGAACUAGUCAAUUUACAGAUGGGUGCGACUACAUUUGAGGAUGAUAUUACAACACUUGCGCGGCACCUCAAUUAUUUUAUAACACCGAAAAAUACGGAGAAAUCGGAGAUGGACUUAGAAGAAUCGGAGUCCGUCAAGACAGAAACAGAGACCGACAUAGACCCGAUUGAUACAGAUGAUUUUAAUUUAUUGAUUAAACUAUUUAAAAAGAAUCCCUCCGAAUCGUUAAGGGAUUUUAUUAAAGAAAGAAUAGACGAAGGGAGAGAUUUUAAAAUUUUUUUAGACGGGGAAAGGUCUUCCAUACGUUUAUUAUACGAAUAUAUGACAUGUUCGAAUAAUAACGAUAAGAUCGCUGAACAACGACCGACUGAGAAACAACUAAUAACUUCAAACGCCAGCAGAAGCAUAUUAAAAAGCUCAAUAAAUUCUCAGCCGGAACCGGAAUCGAUGUCGGAAUCCGAUAGUAUGUUUUCGGAUUUUGACGAAAAUUUUUUAACUUCAGAUUCGGAAGACUUUUCUGAAGAAGAAAUAAAUUUAUCCAAAUUAACAUUGAAUCAAAAUGCCUACAUAAAAGAGGCACCAGUCUUCCGACAUGAUGACAUCAACGUGUCGGAGACGUUGUGUAAAUUAUCAAAAGGGGAGCCGGUGAGUUCGUCGGAGAUGGAUUUCUCUCACCAGCGGAUUAAAACCGAAGAUAUCGUCAGGCACACAAUAAGUGAUCACUGCUACCAUCAGCUUAGACCUGAGAUGGAGGAAGAUGAGGAGCUCGUAGAAUCCGACGAAGAGGAGGAGAUUGAUGUCGUGUCGUACGAGAAGAAAGCGGCACACUUCAACUUCGCACAGCUCCAGCGCAAUGCAGCUAGACACGCGCCGCUAGUCGCGAACUCCAAGGAGACUACCUUCCGGCGACCUCGUGGUAGACCGCCGGGUCGGAAUUCCGCAAAACGGAAAAGAGAUUUAUCGGCUCAUCAUGCAGCGCCCCCUCCGAAGCGUAGUCGCGCUCAGAAUAAUCAACACAGCAGACAGCGGUAUACCAACAACCAACAGAAUCGAGAUCUAUUUGAGGAUGUAGAUAAGAGACAACUUCACAACACUAUGGAGAGAGAGCGACGGAUUGGCCUGAAGAAAUUGUUCGAAAAUUUAAAAGAUAGUCUGCCGGUGGCCCAGGCCAAUGACAAGAUGUCGAAGCAGACCAUUCUGAAUAAUGCGAGGAAUACGAUUUUGAUGAUGACCCCAGCGUUUCAGAAUUACAUGCUCAAGAAAAAGCUCGAAAGGCUCCAAAGGCGCCUUGCUGAACGAGUCUCUUUGCAGAUAAGAAAUAGGACAAACAGAAAAUAAACGACACAUUAGAUUCGUCGUAACGCGCAAAUGCGAAAUACGCAUGAUCCGUGCAGAAUCUGCCGCGGUAAUUAUCUUAAGGUCCGUUUACAGUACAUGGUAAGCGUGGGCGCUUUUAUGUAAUUUGUGGAGUAAAAUUGAUUUAAUUUGCGGAGUAAAAGGUAAGAGUAGGAGUAAUAAUUUUGUUGUAAGAUGCUUAUAAUGGUCUUGUUUGGAACGGUGAAAUGAGCUUAGAGAUCACAGUCUAAGACUGGAUUUUUUAAACACAAGAAUAAUUAGAGUCUUAGGCCGGUAUUCAUAUUUCGUUUUUACAUUUAAGAUCGUCUUAAAUACAAUCUUAAGAUGCUGUAGAUUUGAGAAAAGUUAAAUAAUGACUUGAAACGAUUUUGAAAUGAAAAUCGACUGUAUGAAUACCGGCCUUAGAAAAUUUAUGAGAUUACAGCGGCAAAGUUUGAAGAGUUGAUUAAUAUUAAUACUUUUUUAUUUUUGCUACGGAAGAUUUUUCUUUCUCGAAAUAGAAUUUUCUUUUUAUCAGUAAAAUGACAUUUUUUCCCGUCAAUCUUUGUAAUUUUUUUUUAUAUUGCCAACACUGCAAACUGUAGUUUAUGAGAUCGGCAGUAGCAAAGCUGGAAGAGUUAUAGUUUAAUAUUAAAACUUUUUGAUAUUUUCGCUAAGAAAGAUUUUUUUCUCGAAUAGAAUUUUUUUAUUAGUAAAAUGACAUUUUUUCGCCAAUCCUUGCGUAUUUUCUUUUUACAUUGUCAAACGCUAUUCGUACGGUUGCUCAACAUAUAUCGACUAUGUGGUAACGUCGAAGAUUAUGAAAUUAACAAUGCUGUUUGCAGUGUUCGCAGCCACAUUUACUGAUUCCUGCGCUCGGAUUGGCUGAGCGUAAGCGUAAGAGUUAUAAAAAAAAUUAAUUUAAUUUUCUUGCGUCUUUGCGCUAGCUCUUUUACACCGGAAGUAGCCCUUUUACUACUUUUAUAUCUUAUUCCAUGUUUACUCCGUAUAUAUUGUAGACGGGCCUUCAAAGUUGCGAUAUGUAAAAAACAAGGAUAUACUAUUCUUUAUUUUGUGGAUUGUAAUAUCUUUAACAUUGUUAUUGUGUUUGUGAAAUAGAUAUACAUAUCUGUUCUACAAAUACAAUGACAAUGUUAAAAACAAGAUAUUGAAAACAAUCAUCUUUGAUCGAGCUAGUCGGAGAACAGGAUCAGGAAAACAUUGUUUUCGUCAAGUAAAUAGAAACGAGUUCUCAACUCGUAGUUCCUCUAAUCGUCUUUGGAUUAUGAUUUAGGUUCUAAUUGUUAACCUAACGGCGAUUGGAUAAAUAGAUUUUCGACAUUUUUGCUUGAUAAAAACGAUGGUCUCUUGAUCUUCUUUUUCAACUGACUCUGACUGGCUCCGACUGUCAAGGAACACAAUGGCAAGGUUGCAACAGAUUUUUGCGUUAACGGUUUUUGCAAUCAAAAUUUUUGCAUCAACAUUUUGCAUGCCUUAUUGUACGACAUUGUAUUUGUCAGCCGAUGAACGGGACCAGUUGAGCAUCGUUUUCAAGCAAAAAUUUAGAAAACCGAUAUUUAUCCAAUCGUUAUUGGAUUAACAAUUAGACGCUAGAUUGUAAUUCAAAGUCAAUUGGCGGAACCGCAAGUCCGAAACUUGUUCGGAUUUGCUUGACUAUGAAAUACGAUACUCUCCCGGCCCUGUUCUUCGGCUGGCUCAAUGAUGAUGAGCCUUUUCGAUAUCUUGUUUUUAACAUUACGUUACAUACAGCAUGUCACUUUCCGCCCUUUGUGAAGACGCUCUUGCGCGACCUGUUGCACAUUGUCGACGAGUCAUUGGCAAGUGCAUUUUAAUUUCCGUCGCUACAGAUAAAACGGAUUGGUUAAGCAGUCGGAGGAGGGGGGUCUUAUCACGAUAUUACCCAACGCAAUCUAUCGGUUCCCAACCGGUUAGUCGCUGGUACCUCAGGGUACCACCUUCACUGUCAUACUCACGAUAUUCUUUACAUAUGUUUUGUAUAUAUAAAGUAAAUAUUAGAAAAAUAGAAGAAAAGUGAGAAACGCGCGGGCUUCGAUUAUCGGCCAGUUGCUUGUUUUUUUCUAAAACUUUAAUUAAAAAAACAAAAAAAAAACUCAAAAAAGAAUUGUGCGGUCUCUCGCGUCGUCGGGAUCAGUAAGGUGAUCUUUACGUUUGAUGUUCAAGUCGCGCGCUUGUUCAGAACACGCAACGUCUCAAGUCUUUCCAGCACAGACUUCUCCAUCAAGAUUUGGAUCUCAGGUAUAUACCGCUUUCAGUAGCAGUUUAUCUGAGCUCUCUCUACAGAUAUAAUUAGUGUGUCCGGUUUAAAGGGCGCGAAUUGUUGACACAAAAUUGAUUUUAUUAUAUUUUGUGCUUUUCCUGUUGGAAAAUGAUCCCCUGGGCGACAGUUUCAUCGCGCGAUCUUGUAUAUAUCUUUUAGUUUCUUUUAAUACGAUAAGUUUAAAAUACCCACAUUUGGGUACAGCUUAGUUAGAUGAAAUUAAGUAGAAUGAAUGAAAACACAACUUAGAUAGAAAUAACGCGCGCGCAUAUUGAGCAUACACGCGUGACAUAUUCAGUUUGCUAAGUUAUCAAUUUUAGCAAUAUCAUUAAAAAGUAGACAAAUAUUGAAUGUAGCGGUAACAAUAAAGCAAUGAUAAACGGCCGUUUCUCUUAUUGCUGUCUAUUUGCUUAGCAAAAUACAAACGGCCCGCUUUGUCUAAAAUGACAGAAUCGCGCGCCCCGGAUAGGCCACGAGUAGAAUUGAAUCCCUAGGCGACUACUAUUCUUAUUGUAGUUAGAAAUAGGCGUUUGUAAUAUUUUUUUCUAUAUAUCUUUUUUCACACUUUUCAUAUGAGAUAAUUUUGAGUGAGUUGAAGUUGACUUUCUUUUUUUAUGCCUAUCUGUCUCAUGCCCAUUUUUGCAUCUGAGAAAUUCGAUCAGACGUUUGGAUAUCAGCGCGUUUUCCAUUGGGUGCAAUGAAAUGAAUUAGAUUCGCUGCGACAUAUUGAUUUCUGUUUUAUUUUCUUUCAGUCGUCGUUUAUCGGCGAGGAGAAGCGGGCGGGAUCGAUCGAAUUUUUUUUUUAUAAUACGGUUUAAUCCGGCGCGGAAAUUUUAGUUUAAUAACACCUUUGAUAAUAUUAUUGGCAUGUUCAAUAUCUAUAUCUAAAUUUAAUAUCGUUAAUAUCUAUAGCUAAAUUAAAAAAAUUAAAGGAUAGAUUUGUAUAUUUCUAUAUAUAUAUAUAUAUUCAUAUAAAGAUAGAUUUGCAUACAUUUAGGCAUACACACCGCGAUUGAAUAUAUUUAUGUACACGUAUAUUGCAGAUUCGCAAAUAAAUAACAAAUGUGUACCGAUACUCAAAUGACAAGGAAUAACAAUGAUUAAUAUUGUUAUUGUAAUACUUACUUUUGUAGUAUCAUUGAUUUAUAUUAGCCUUGCGCGCGCUGCCGGCACUUCUUAAACCAAAAGGGCUAUAUUACGAUUCAUAGUGUUAGCCUUUGCACGAUUUAAAAGAGAUGAGAUAUACGAGGCAACGAUUACGAUGUACGUACUAUCCAUACCACACACAGACAUAUACGUGUACACACAACACCGUAUGACAUACAUAAUAAUACAUGCACGCAAAAGACAUAUGCAUGAUUAUAUAUAAGUAUUUUUAAUAAAUACGAGCAACAGGUGUAAUGUGCAUAAUUAUGUAUAUCAUACAAAUGAUUGAUAUGCAAGUGAUCAAUCGGAGACCUAAACCUGAGUCUUCGAAUAAAGAAUUUUUAUAUUGCUAUACAGAUAUAUUAAGAAAAAGAAAAAAAAGCAACAGAAUGUGUUCAUUACAUUUAUAGGUAACAGUAUUCGUUUGUAUGCAUAUUUUUAUGAUAGAAAAAUGGAAAAUGAACGCGAAAGUGAGAACCUUUCAAGAAAAAUACACACACACACACACACACAGACACUUUAGACACUCAACACAUUGUACAAUAGUCACGCGAAUAUAUGUAAUAAGCGCGCAGCUUCGUUCGCACGUAGUCCAAAUUCAAGUUAUAAAUAGAUUAACAAUGACGGCAGAUAGAAGUAGAGCCGAGUCAGAGCAGCGGUGAGACGUAGUGACCGUCUGAACAAUAGGAAUGAAGUGAGAAAGGGCUAAAGACUUGUAAUAGGUCAGGAAUCAAGGCGUACUGACAUUUUUUAAUGACACAACGGACAUACACACCAACAGGCGUGCAUAUACGCGUGACACAUAUACAUGACACGCAAACGGAUACAGUUGAAUUAAAUAGAAACUAUUAUUAAUUUAAUGACACGGAGAAUUUUUAAUCGCUACCCAAGUUUAAUAUAUAUCUAUAAGUACAUACACAAAACAUAGGAAUAUGCGCAACAUAGUAAUGCAGUUCGGAAGACGGGCGACCACAAUAGUUUCUUGACGAUAGUUGGGAAGGACAUAUUGGAUUAUCAAAGAGAGAACUCGGGAGAGAUUCCUAAAAAUGAUUAAAAGAGACGCUUUUUUAGACUAUUUAUAGGCCUUUUCGUAUACGAAUGCCUUGACAAAUAUACGUAGAGAGUUAGGUGUGUGCGUAUACAUAUAUACAUAUAUAUAUACAUAGUCAUAAAAUGUUCUACCAAGGCUCAAAAUGUAGGUAUUGAUAUAAGUUUCGCUCUUAUUAUCUCCCAAUUACUUUUGUACAUUUGAAUGGCACAUACCAUUUACUUUUCUAAUUUUUAUAUAGUUUUCUCAAUAUUAAAAUUUUUAAUUUUUGUGCAUAUUGGAGCGGCUAUUUUAAAUUUGGAAAAUCUGACUUUUUAUAAAUAGUGACCCCAAAAUCCGGAAUAUGUAUACGUAAUUGAAAGCAAAGCUUAUAUCAAACCUAUAUCAAUAUCUACAUUUUAAGCUGUGAUAGAAUAUUUAUGACAAAAAUUGUUCUGGGAAGGAGAGUGUUUCGAUUGAAAGAAGACACACACAUACACGUAUAUAUAUCGCAUAUACAUAUACGCACACACCUAACUCUCUACCGAUAUUUAUUCGAUUGACAAAGGAUGACAUGCACAUAUACACGGAAAAUUUUACAUUAAAAAUUAUUAUGAUAAGCAAUAAACGCGGAUCAAGGAAGGAAUCAUAAAAAUUUUCAGUAUAUUACUAUUUUUCAUUAAAUUGCCAUAGUACAUAUUUACGUUACUUACCGUAUAAUUCUAUUCUUAUGAUCCGUGACUAAUAUCGUACGCAGUAAUUUUUAAUAUAAAAUUUUUUUCGUGUAUAUAUGAGUUAUUUUUUGUCAACCGAAACACCUCCCGUUUCUAGAAUAAUUUUUACAUUAGUUGUUCCCCUAUUGAAAUGUAAAUAUUGAUAAUGGUAUUAUAAGUUUUAUAAUAUCAAUUGGCAAUUUUUAAAAUUUAAAAUGGCCGCUUCAAUAUGACGAAUUAAAAAUUAAAAUUUUUAAUAUUGAGAAAACUAUAUAAAAAUAAGAAAAGUGAAUGUUAUACGUCAUUUUAAUGUAUCAAAAUAAUUGGGAGGUAAAAGUUAUAAAAGUUUAUAUCAAGCUUAUCAAUAUCUUACAUUUCGAGUUUUGGUAGAACAUUUUAUGAUAAAAAUUAUUCUGAGAAGAGAGGUGUUCCAGUUGACAAAGAAUAACACACACACAAAACACACGCGAUUAAUCUUUUACUUAAUUUGGAAAUUGUUUAAAACGUUUAACUCGACAUUUUAGUGUAUGCCUUAAAUGUUUUCUUAUUAAGUAGAUUUAUAUGAAAAUUACAUAAUUAGUUAGAAUCAUUUUGUUAAAGUAAACGCAAAAACAAAAAAAAAAUUAUUUGUUUAGACUUACAAAUUUUUUUGGUUUUUUCCGACCAAUAAUUUUUUGUAUUUUUGUCAUAUAUCUUCAGGCGUCCGCAACGGAAGGCAAGAAGAGGCACUUGCCUCCCUGUCUCUCUGAAAAAAACUCGCGGACGCCCUUGUCUUCUUAUCCUCGUAUACAUAUGAGUGUGCGAGAAGUCAGUGGGUCUUAAGUGCGCGUGAACGCGAUAAAAAUAAUCCUCAAUUAAAUUUUUCAUUAAAGCGUCAAAAUGCAUUUAUCUACACGAAAUCUGAUUUAUAAUUUAUACACUUCUAUCUUUUUUACAUUUCAAACACUCCGUUACGUAUUGUUUCAUGAUUAAUUUUUCCUGCAAAGAAUAAUUGCGCAAAGAUUUUUCUUGCAAUAUGACUAUAUAAAUGGAAACUACUGACUUUUUAAAUGAAUGACUCCACAAUUGUUUUUUUCAAACCAACUUUUCGUAUUUAAUUCGUCACGAUUCAAGAACGAUUCACUGACCGUAAGCACUGUAGAUCGUAAGAUCAACGAAAGGAAACUCAACGAUAUACCUCGCAAAAUUCCGUUCUCGACCGAGACGGAAAGCCUUUGAAUCCUUGCUUUGUCAUAUUUUAUGUAUCGAACCUGUGAGUUCUCUGAAUCGUGCCAAAUAACAAAAAUUUAGUGUUUAUAAAUGACUGAAAUCGGCUAUUUAGCCGUAUAGUUAUAUUUAGUACACAUAGUAAAUAAGGCCAACGGCCUUAAAAAAUAUGUAUUUCUCUUAUUUCUUUUCAAGUUUCUCCUCUAAUUUGUUUUUCUUUUUUAAUUAAUUACAAAUUUCUGAGUCUUUUCUCGGCAAGAACUUUUAUUGAAAAGUAUUUAAAGAGAGAGAGAGAAAAAGAGAGAAGAGAGAGAGAAAGAGAGAACCAAUUUGAUUGACGGAUCACGAGGAUUUCGUUUUUUUUUCCUGCACUCUAUAGUUCUUUUAUCCUUGUACUACUAUCUCACUGAGAAUUUUUCUCGAGCUAUUUUUCAUUUUCUCCGACGCGUUUGAGACGACAGUUCAGAAAUUCAGCAUAGCUCUAGAACUCUAGAGAGUUUGCAAUAAACGAAAAAGAUCAUACUUUUCCAUUUUUAUAUACAAAAUUGUUAACAUCUAGGCAAAUAGUGAAAUUUAGAUUUAGAAGAAUAAUAAUUUCUUAAUAGAAAUAAAUGUUUCGAAUUAAUUGAAUUAAAUAUAGAUAUUUAGGUCUUUUAGAUAAUUAAAUUUUUAUAAAUACGAGUGUCAAAUAACUACAAAAUCUCUCUUGAUUGUCGUCUCGAUUUCUUUGUCACGAUUCUUUUCUACAAAAAAAAUAGAUGUUUAUAGCAUGUUUAUAAAUUUCAAAUAAUUGUAUUUGCUAACGCGCAAAAGAGAUAUAGCUGAGAAAUAUAAGCCGCGCUGUCUUUAUAGAUUGCUCAAUUUUGUAUCGACCAUUAAAAAUCGCGUAAAAAAAAUAUUGUGUAUGAGAAUUUUUUUGCUAAUAGAGAGAGAGAGAGAGGAGAUAUUUAGAGUACCUACCAUAAGCAUUUACAGUACACUUUGCUUACGUGUUUUUUUCUUUUGUGCAAAGUCUCGAAUUUGUAUUUUCAUCCUUUGCUAGGUUUUGUUAUUACAUGAUAAUUAUAUGAAUGAAAAAUUAUUGGGUGUGCGUGCGUGCGUGCGUGUGUGUGUGUGUGUGUGUGUGUGCGCGUGUGUGUGUGUAUGUGUGUGAGAGAGAGAGAAAAGACAUUAUUUUUAUUACGCGAUAAAUUAAUGCAACUGUACAAAUUAUGCGCAAUCGGAUUUCGAAACAAACACCUCGCUUCCAUAAAGAAUACAUGUGUACCUGCUUAGUUAAUAACAAUAGUUACUAUAUAAAAAAAUAGUUUUUGUAAACGACUUAUACGUCGAAUAAGCUUUAAUUUAAAUAAGGGGGCUUAUAUAAUAUAGAUUAAUACAUAAAUAUAUAUGGAAAGUAGGACCUGCGAGCCUGUUUUUCACACAUCUUUUUAUUAACACAUUUCCUUGUCAACAAGAGAACUGUAUGAGCUCAGAAAUUUAUGUUUUCUCUACUUUCAUUGUAUCUUUGUUUUCUUCACUCGGUACCGGAAGGUUGAGACUUGUUGUGUAUAUUACGUUUCUAAGCGUAUAUAAAAUAUUUCAUUUCGCAUUUAGAAUAUCUUUUAAUAUAUUGCGAAUUGUAAAGAGAAAGAUUCGGUUUUGAAAACAUAACAGCUUUUUUUAAGACAUAAUACUAAUUAGUGAUUUAUUUCUCUACUUUUUUUUUAAGGCUUACAAAUAUAUAGAACUCGGAAAUAUAUAGAAUCCAAAAUGUGAAAUAAAAUAUUCUGUGUAUGUAUAUAUAUUUGCUACUCUCCAUCGAGUUCCAGACAUAUUUAAUCUAUUAUUCGUCACAAGCAAUUCGCAUCUCGAGUUUUCGUUGAACUUUAAUUAACAUUAUUUAUAUGAUAGUAGAGGUAGUUGGAAAUGUUAGUAGAGAGUAAUUUAAUUUAUAUAUCUUUUGAGAAGAUGUCGAAUUGCGGGAAUGACGAGAAAUGUUGUGACGAGGAGCUUGACGGAAUAAAUUUAUAAUUUAAAGAAGAAUAUUAGUUUACUUAACUUAGAUUUUUUAUUCAACAAAUAAAAUGUGUAAUAAGUAAAACAUAUUUUUAUUUAUCCUCUUUAUUUUUAUAUGCGACGUCGUUACUGAAAAUUAUUUCUUAUAAUAAUCGGACGAGAGAUUUAUAACGAUGCGACAGAGAUAAAAUGCUAGCAUGCUAGUAUGCGAAACGAUAAUGCGAAAGGCACAGUAGUAGAGAGGUAGAUAAAAAUUAUAAUUGACAAAUUAUAAAAGUAAGUUACAUAAAAAAGAAAAAUUCAUAUAGAUUAAUAUAAAUUAUACAUGUAUAAAAUUUUAUAUAUACAGGAUUAUAAGAUUUCUUACAACAUUAAACUAUGAUAUACAUAUAUAUUAUAUACAGAUAGAAUCUCUUAUUUUCGCAAGAAAAUCAGUUUGAGAAAAGGAAAAAGAUAGAAAGAUGUUAGAAAGAUAUUCAUUGAUUUGCGCGAUAUGGACAUGAUGUCGGUCCGUAUUGUUCAUACAGCGUUAUGCUCUUGUAUUUGUUCGUGACAUGCGCAAUUGAAUGUUUUUUCAUCGCGACGAUAAACGCGAACUAAAAUUACAGAAGAGCUGCUUGAACAGACAGAUCGCUUCCAAACUUCUAAAAAAUAUUUUUUUCAAUAAAUGAUUUUGAUUUAGAUAGAAUAUAAUGAACAUACAUAAUCAUUAAACAUAUAUUGAAUACUUUUUAUAAUUUUAGAAUAACUUUUUUAUAAGUGAUCUUUUUGUGAUUUUGUUAAGAAAUGAUUAAAUAAUUAUCAGCAAAAAUUUUGUAAAAUGCUGAAAAAACUCUUAAAAUAAGUAUUUUUUGUAUUAAUUUUAAGUUUGACUACACGCGUACGUAAAAUUAUGUUAGAGCUGUUAACCUUCUACUAUUAAGUAAAGAUGGGUAGUAUCUGUAACUUGCGUAAAAUAAUAUCAUAUAUUAUACCGAUACUAUCCAUUGUACCUAUAUACUUCGAAAAUUGUUAAAUUAUACACAAAUAAAGGAAACGAGUUAUAUCAGUGAA